AUACUGAAAAUAUUUGGACUAGUUUUACAUCUGAAUAUUUUAUCAUCAUUCAUUCUCCUCAAAACAAAAACAAACCCAGUCCAGUGCGGCAUUGUUUCACUGGAGGGCGCUAACACAAAGCACCAGGUGGUCUGAGGGAAACAACUCGAGAGAGAGGAGGAGGAGGCCAACUCACCUAGCCUGUUAGCUACCCGGCGGCUAACGAGCAUUGAGCUAAGGCAUCAGUUUGUCUUAAUGUCGCCUGUCUCAUCAAGUGAUGGCGAGAGAGCAGCCUUCACAAACCGAAGCUGAGCUGUAUUACCUCAUUGCCAGGUUCCUGCAGUCUGGACCUUGUAAAAAAGCAGCACAGAUCCUGGUGGAGGAGCUGGAGGAGUAUGAGUUGGUGCCUGAACGAUGGAGCUGGGACGGGAAGAAAUACAAGCGGACCUUCCAGGACUGGAUGAUUUUGAACCAACACAUUCCUGCAGACUAUCUGCUCCGUGUUUGCCAGCGGAUCGGCCCACUUAUAGAGAAGGAGAUCCCACCUAGUGUUCCUGGAGUCCAGACACUCAUGGGGCUGGGAAGACAGUCUUUACUGCGUACCACCAAAAGUUGUAGCCACAAAGUAUGCAGUGGUUCAGCUGUGGCUGCACUCCACCGAGGACGUCCACCAGAACCCCCAGUCAGCAGUGGAGAUCCUCCCAAUAUCGUGUCCAUCAUGGGUGCCCGUCAGACCAUAGGCACAGCACGAUUCAGCCAGGCCAUGCCGUCUUCCUCCUACCAACACAUGAAGAUACACAAACGUAUCCUCGGCCACCUUUCCUCGGUCUACUGUAUAGCCUUUGACCGCACGGGCCGUCGGAUAUUUACGGGUUCUGAUGACUGCCUGAUAAAAAUCUGGGCCACAGAUGACGGACGGCUCCUGGCAACACUCCGUGGCCACUCAGCAGAGAUCUGUGACAUGGCCGUCUGCUACGAGAAUACACUCCUUGCCUCAGCGAGCUGUGACAAAACCAUCAGAGUGUGGUGCCUACGCACCUGUGCACCCAUCACUGUCCUGCAGGCUCACGGUGCCUCCAUCACAUCCAUACAGUUUUGUCCUGCUGUCAAAGGGACGACGCGGUACCUGGGCUCCACCGGUGCAGACGGCAUGGUGUGUUUCUGGAAGUGGCACUCGAUCAGCAUGAAAUUCAAUGAUCAGCCAGUGAAGUUUAUCGAGCGGUCACGUCCUGGAGUGCAGGUCUCCACUUCCUCCUUCAGCAGCGGUGGUAUGUUCAUGGCUACCGGUGGCACUGAUCAUAUGAUCCGGGUCUACUACCUUGGUGCUGAAACUCCUAUGAAGGUCUCAGAGAUGGAUGCUCACACGGAUAAAGUUGUUGUCGUCCAGUUUAGCAAUAACAGUGACAGCCUAAGGUUUGUGAGUGGCAGUCGAGACGGCACAGCGAGGAUUUGGCAUUACCAGCAGCAGGAGUGGAAGAGUGUCACGUUAGACAUAGCUGCCAGGCUGCCUGGGAGUACUGUCGCCAAUGGAGACGAUAAAACCAAGCUGGUGGUGACCAUGGUGGCCUGGGACCGUGCAGACAGAACCAUCAUCACAGCAGUGUCAAACUACCUGCUCAAAGUGUGGAGCACGACCACCGGACAGCUGCUGCAUGUUUUAUCUGGUCAUGAUGACGAGGUGUUUGUGUUGGAGGCUCACCCAUUUGACUCCCGCAUCAUGCUAUCUGCUGGCCAUGAUGGCAACAUUUACAUGUGGGACCUGACCAAAGGAGCCAAGAUCCGCAACUUCUUCAACAUGAUUGAAGGGCAAGGCCACGGUGCUAUUUAUGACUGCAAGUUCUCAGCUGAUGGGCAACAUUUCGCCUGCACUGACUCACACGGCCAUGUGCUUAUCUUUGGCUUCGGCUGCAGCAGACCAUAUGAGAAGAUUCCCGACCAGAUGUUUUUCCACACGGACUACCGGCCUCUUAUCCGUGACUCUAAUAACUACGUCCUGGACGAGCAGACGCAGCAAGCCCCGCACCUCAUGCCUCCGCCCUUCUUGGUGGACGUCGACGGGAAUCCUCACCCUCCUCACUAUCAGCGCCUCGUGCCAGGACGAGAGAACUGCAAGGAGGACCAGCUAGUACCCCAGCUCGGAUACAUGGCAAACAGUGACGGAGAGUUGGUUGAGCAGGUACUUGGCCAGCAGACGGCAGAAAACCGGGAAAGCAUGUUGGACAAUCUCAUCAGGCAGCUGCAGAAUGAGCAGGACGAGCGUCAGAACGUAGAAGAGGAGGCUGACGGAGCAGAGGCUGAUGAUGCAGCAGGGAUGGUGCCCUCCUCCCCGGCUGCUGGCCCACGUCGAAGUGGACAGGUGGACGGGGUUUGGCAGAUGCAGCACAACGCCCUGCGCAGCCAAGUGGCCACCGAGAGGGACCUGCUGGCUUGGAGCCGCAGAGUGCUGGUCAACGAAGUGCCACAAGGGAUAUUCAGAGUUUUGGAGGAUUGCAGACAAGCCAAAGGCGACAUGGAGUGUUCUUUAUAUAACGCCGAGAGGAAGAAGAAACCAGUAACCUGCACACCCAAGAGCGAAGCCCUCACUUCACGCCUCCGCUCCCUGCGGCCCACCAAGAAAAAGCAGCAGCGCCACGCCUAUCAGACCCGCUCAGCUCAAGUCCGCCGUCCAGGGACCAGAAGUCGAAAUCAAAGCAAUCGCCGCAACUCUGAUAGCCAGGCGGAGUCGGACAGUGAUGGAGAGGCAGCAGAACAGGCGGAGCAGAGCGAGGCCUCCUCUGAUGGAGAAGCUCGGUGGCAGAGCGAAAGCAGCUCCAGUGACGCCUCCAGCGAAUAUUCGGAUUGGACGGCCGAUGCUGGGAUCAACCUCCAGCCACCGAAGCGAUCGUCCAGGAGGCCCGUACAGCCUCAAGGCUACAGCAGCUCAGAGGAGGAAGAAGGAGACGACAAGGCAAAGGAGACAAAGAAGAAGGAAAACGAGAAGAGAAAGAAGCCCAAGGAGACCAAACAGAAAGCCACGUCCUCUCUGGCUGGACUCGACGCGGAGGAGUGGCUGCCACCGUCGUGGAUAAUGGAGACCAUCCCACGGCGCUCUCCUUUUGUUCCACAGAUGGGGGAUGAGCUCAUCUACUUCAAGCAGGGCCAUCAGGCCUACGUCCGGGCCGUCCGCAGGGCCAAGGCCUACAGCAUCAACCCUCAGAAACAGCCCUGGAACAGACUCAACCUCAGGGACCAGGAAUCUGUGAAGGUGGUUGGAAUCAAAUAUGAAGUGGGACCUCCGACACUCUGCUGCCUAAAACUGGCUUUCUUGGACUCAGUCUCAGGGAAGAUGACCAACGACUCUUUCUCCUUAAAGUACCAUGAUAUGCCUGACGUCAUAGAUUUUCUGGUGCUGCAGCAGUUUUACAACGAGGCGAAAGAGCACAACUGGCAGCCAGGUAUGAGGUUUCGCAGCAUCAUCGAUGACGCCUGGUGGUUCGGCUCUGUGGAGGACCAGGAACCUCUGCAGCUCGAGUAUCCAGACAGCCUGUUUCAGUGCUACGCAGUGAAGUGGGAUAAUGGUGAACGGGAGAAAAUGAGUCCAUGGGACAUGGAGCCAAUUCCUGAAGAAGCUGCGUUACCAGAGCAGGUUGGAGAUGGCGUGGAGGUGGCGGAGGAGGAGCUAAAGGCUCUUCUUUACACGCCGCAGGAAGGAGAGUGGGGGGCUCACACACGAGAUGAAGACUGUGAGAGAGUCAUCCACGGCAUUGAUCAGCUUCUUACACUGGAGGUAGCCAAAGCAUUCGCGUUACCGGUGAAUCUGCGGGACUACCCUCUGUACUGCACUGCGGUGGCUUACCCCACUGACCUCAGCACCAUCCGCAAACGACUGGAGAACCGCUUCUACAGGCGGAUCUCUGCGUUAAUGUGGGAGGUGCGCUACAUCGAACACAACGCCCGCACUUUCAAUGAACCCCAGAGCCCCAUUGUAGCAACCGCCAAGGUGGUGACUGACGUUCUCCUGCACUUCAUCGGGGACCAGAGCUGCACAGACAUCACAGAUCUGUACUAUAAACUGAGGUGUGAGAUCAGCAGCGGAGGAGAAGAAGCUGAAGCUGAGUUGGAUGUCGACUCUGACACUCCAGGAACAUCUACGGGACAUCGCGGAUCCAACCUGAAGCGUGGUGUGGUUUUGGAUGUGAAAGCAUGGCGUGGUCAAUGCCGAGAGCUUCUGCGUCGAAUGAUCGCCUCGCCGGAUUCAGAACCCUUCAGGCAGCCUGUAGAUCUCUUCGAGUAUCCGGACUAUCGAGACAUCAUCGACACUCCCAUGGACCUGGGUACGGUGUCAGAGACGCUGGUCGAGGGAAAUUAUGUAAACCCGAUGGAGUUUGCCAAAGACGUGCGACUCAUUUUCAGCAACUCCAAAGCGUACACGCCGAACAAGAAGUCACAGAUCUACACCAUGACCCUCAGCUUGUCGGCCUUUUUUGAAAAAAACAUCAUCUCCAUCAUCUCCGACCACAAGUCGGCCCUUCAGAAUGAACGGCGGGCUCGUCAGAGACUCAGUUACAGGGACAGAUUGCACAACGGAGGCAGCUCCCCGCCUAACAGUCCAUCCCCCAGCUCUAAAGGGAAGCACAAGUCAGGGAAGGUGUCGAAGCCAAAAAAAUCCCGGACCUCAACCAAGAAUCGUUCUCAGAGACCAUAUCAGGCUCAGCACAGCAGCAGUGUAGCAGAGGAAGAAGACAUCCAGCCUUCUUCCCCAGGUUCAGGGACAAGCAGUGAGAGCGGGAAGAGAAAUGAAGGGCCACAUCGGGUGACUCGCAGCCAAGCAACUCCGGUGAAGAAGUCAGGCCACCGUAACGCGCAUCUCAGCAACGGCUCCAGGCAGCAGCACAGGCAAGAAGCGCCGCAGUCCGAAAAGGAGGAGGAGGCGUCGGGGUCCAACAGCUCCUCGUCAGGGUCUUCCUCUUCAUCAUCAUCAUCAUCCUCUUCCUCAUCGGACAGCGAGAACAGCUCUGACUCUGAGAUGGAGAAGUACGUGGAGGGGGGUGACCACGACUACAGCAAAGCCCCCUGCUUGUCGGUACGCCUCUCGGGGAAGGGGAAGCUGGCAGUUUUAGGGAAAAGGAGACACGAUGGAGGAGAGGAGGAGGCACAGAGACCUAAAAGAGCACGAGUGCAGCUGCCGAUAGUGCCGGUGCUGCAGGUAAAAGUGGAGGAAGAAGAAGGGGAUGAGGAAGAAGAGGAAGAAGAGGAGGAGGAGGAAGAAGAGGAAGAAGAAGAGGAGGAGGAGGAGGAGGAGGAGGAAGACACACGAAACCAGGGCCGCAGGACAGUUCUGUACAGGGACGAGUCGGAGGACGACGGCCACGGGUCGAAGGAAGACCCCCUCAACCUGGGUAGGUCCCGCUCAGGACGGGUACGACGCAUGACAGAGAAAGCCCGUGUCAGCCACCUGAUGGGCUGGAGUCACUGA